AUGGAAGAUCAACAGCAGAAUCCUUUCUUCAUUCAUCAUUUAGAUCACCCAGGACUUGUUCUUGUUUCCCAUCUUUUGACGGAAGAAAAUUAUCCGUCGUGGCGCCGCGCAAUGCUCAUUGCUCUCUGUGCGAAGAACAAAAUUGGCUUCGUCGAUGGAUCGAUUCCGCAACCUUCAGAUGUUUCGAAAGAACUCACCGCUAGCAUCAUCUAUGCCUCCACUGCGGCGUCGAUUUGGAAUGAUCUUCAAGAACGUUUUCUGCAUAACAACGGUCCACACCUCUUUCAAUUGCGCAAGGACUUCAUCACCUGCACACAAGGUACUCUCUCUGUUGGUGCCUACUACUCAAAGAUCAAAGGUAUUUGGGAAGAACUUGCUAAAUUUCGUCCUCGUUAUCAAUGCGUUUGCGGCGGUGUUAAUCCUUUGAUUGAGCACAUCAACCAUGAGUAUGUUCUCACAUUCUUGCUGGGUUUGAAUGAGAGCUUCAAUCCCAUUCAUAGUCAGAUCCUCCUCAUGGAUUCUUUACCUUCAGUUAGUCGGGUUUUCUCACUAGUGAUUCAAGAAGAGAAACAACAUGUGGUUAAUGCCAUUACCAGUGAGAACACUGAAACCCUAGCUUAUGCUGUCAAUGAUUCCAAUGGUGUCAAGUCCAAAAAUGGGAAGAAGGAUAGUGUAAUACGGUGA